AAAUGGUCCCGAUUAGGAUACCGGAAGUUAUUUAUUUCACUGAGUGGCCAUUUUGCCGUUUUCGCUGGACAAGUUACACUUUAGACAGAUGAUAAUAUGUUGUUUGCCCACUUAUAAUCGAAUGACAGGUGUUUAACCAUUGGACAUACAGUUUAUAUUAGUAUGCAUAUCAUGCACAAAUCCAAUAUCGAGUGAAUUGUUAGUUUCAAGGGCAGAAAACUCGUACUCUGCCACCGGAACAUCACAAUAUAGCCUGGACAUUUCCUUUAUUUUACUGUUAAAUCCUUAUCGUAUACGAUAUUUAUUUUUUAAGUCUGCACGGAUAGAUUGUACUUGUCAAAAUGUUCAGCAGGUUUGGUCACAAAAGUAAAGAUAAGGAUCAGAAGGACAAGAAGGAAAAAGAUGAAAAGAAAAAGGAGAAAAAAGAAAAGAAGGAACGAGAAAAAAAGGAAAAGCAAAGAGAACCAAUGACCCAAGAAGAAAUGUCUAGACUUGAUGAAGUUAAGAAGGGUAUAUUCAGGCGUGUAAGUGAUCGUGAUAAAAAAAGAUCAAUCCGUAAGAGCUCGCCCCAAGAGGAGGGUGUACCUAGAGACAGUAGUGACAGCAGUAUAAGUUCAGGAGGUCAUAAAAGUCCAAGCGUGGAAGAAUUACCAAAACCACAAUCAGUCAGACCAGUUCCAGAACCAAGAAAGUUUCCUCCAACAACAGCACCAAAACCAAAAAGUAUUUUGAAAGCCAAAUCAAGCAACCCCCAGUCUGUGACAUCUGAUCCCCAGAAACUACAGGAGAAUACAAUCAGCAAUUGUCUGAAUGCUCAUAUUGUUGGUGAACAAAAUGGUGAAAUUAAGCAUUCUGUCAUUAAUGGCACUGGUGAAUCUUCACCACAGCUUCCAACAUCACCACCUAAAUCUCCACCAGAAACUUCACAUGAGAAGUCUUUCAAUGCCAAACUCAAGCUGCCUGAUAUUAUUCCUCCAAAACCACCACGCAUCCGUGAACUUGUAUUACAGAGACAGCCAACAGGUGGGUUUGGAUUCAGUCUGAGGAAGGGGAUAAUAACAGAAAAGGGUGGUGGUGAUGAAGAGACCAAACACUUUGUAAUAUUUGCUGAACCAGGCAGUGGACCAAAAGCUCCACAAACUGGACUCAUUCCUGGUGAUCGUUUAGUAGAAGUCAAUGGUGUCAAUGUUCAGACCAUGACAAGGGAAGAAGUUGUAGAAAUCAUCCAGAAGUCGGGUGAUAUUUUGUGUAUCAGUGUUCAACCAAUACCAGAACUUAUAGAACUGAGUGUGAGGCCAGCAUCGGAUGGUGGUAAAAUAGAGAUCCAAGAUGAUGUUGUCAAAGGUGGAACCCUCAAGAGAAGUGUCAGUCUGCGUUAUAAGAAGGGGGCUCGUUCAGAAACUGAGGUCCAGACAGAAAAAGAAUGGAUGGAAUCAGAGAAAGUAUGGCUUGUCCACAAAGGUGGUUUUGCCUCGGCCUGUGUCCUCAAGGCCAAUGGAAUGUCUGUUUUACCAGAGGGCCGUCUCAGAAUCAAAUUGGAUCAUGCUGGAGAUACAUUAGAUGUGGAUGAAGAUGAUGUAGAAAAGGCUAAUCCUCCUCAGUAUGAUAGAGCGGAGGAUAUUGCUGCACUACGCUUCAUCAAUGAAUCCAGUGCUUUACAUAUUUUACGGCAAAGAUAUGGAGCCAAUCUUGUCCAUACAUACUGUGGACCGUCCUUGGCUGUUAUCAACCCCAUGCAUCCUAUAUCAAUUUACUCAGAAAAAGUCAUGCAGAUUUUCAAGGGAUGUAAACAGGAAGAUAUGCCUCCACACAUCUAUGCUAUGGGACAGAUUACAUACAGAGAGAUGUUACAAUCACGCUCAGAUCAGUCCGUUGUUUUUAUGGGUAGAAGUGGUAGUGGGAAAACAUCCAAUUCUAGACAUGUUAUGCAGUAUUUGAUCACAGCAGCUGGAAGUGUAGCAAAUAUUUUUACAGUGGAGAGGUUAACAGCUGUUAGCACAUUGAUGGAAGCCUUUGGUAACAGUAGAACUAUACUUAAUACCAAUGCUAGUCGGUAUGCACAACUGACCACAUUAGAUUUCGACCACUCAGGACAGAUAUCUUCAGCUUCAGUACAGGUUUUCAUGUUUGAGAAAUCCCGAGUAGUGAGAAGACCAGAGGGAGAACCUAGCUUCCAUGUUUUCUACCAAAUGUUGGCUGGAUUAGAUUCUGCAUUAAGGACUGAGUUACAGUUAAAUUCACUAAAUGAACCCAACAUGUUUAUGACUCCAUUACAGAGGCAUGGUUUUGUUCCCUCCUUAACAGAAGAUAAACAGAAAGCUAUGAUGCAAUGGGGUAAAAUCUGUACUUCCAUGGACCAAGUAGGCAUGACUGAGGAUGAAAAGAAAGCCAUAUGUCAUGUCCUAGCGGCUAUUUAUCACCUUGGGGUGGCCGGAGCAAUCAAAGGUCAGAACAACAAGCCACAGUUUGCUAAGCCUGGUUCUGCACAGAAGGCAGCUUCAUUACUUGGUUUAUCCUCAGAAGAAUUACUACGGCAAAUUUUCUCUUCUUCCGGAUCAUCUACAUUGACACGAGGGGCCUCCACCAGAUCAAGUCCUGCCCACAAACAAGAAGAAGGACUUACAAAUGCAAUAGAAGCUUUAGAAGGAUUUGUUAUAGGGCUCUACUCUGAUGUCUUUAAUGCUGUCGUCUCACUCAUAAACAGAUCAUUAUCAUCCAACUAUCGUACAUCAACAUCAAUUUCGAUCCUAGAUACUCCGGGCUUCCAGAAUCCAUCAUCAUGUGGACGUCAGACUGGAGCAACAUUUGAAGAUUUAUGUCACAAUUAUUCACAAGAGAGAUUGCAGCUGUUGUUCCAUGACAUCACAUUUACAAUGCAACAAGACAAAUACAGUCAGGAGGGCAUAACAUGUGAUUUUGAAUUUGUAACAAGUAGUCCUGCUUCAAUGGUGUCAUUAAUAGACAAACCAGCACAGCAAAACUUGACAACGGUACGACAACCAGGAUUGACAAGACACACACAUGUCAAUCAUCAUGAUGCCGAAGAGAUAAAGAACACAUCCCAGGAGAUGAAGGACAGUGAGAGAAAAGGGUUGCUAUGGAUACUUGAUGAAGAGAGUAUGUUUCCAGGGGCAACGGAGGACUCAUUCAUGGACAGAUUCUUUACACAUCAUGGAGAACAGAAAGUUAGAAGAGAUAGUUUACUGAGGAAAGCAUCAACAUUGGGCAACACAUUUAUUCUGAACCAUUUCCAAGGAACCAACCCUGUACAGUAUAAUGCCAGUGGUUGGCUGAAGGGCUGUAGGGAUAAUCCAAAUAUGAAAGUAGCCACUCAAGUCCUGCAGGACUCUAAAAGACAAAAUAUAAAUGAGUUAUUUAACAGUGUAAAAGCACCAGUAGCUGGUAUGGUGAGUGGAUCUAUAGUUGGAAUGGAGGGAUCUGCUUCAUUACGACGUGUUGGUAGUAUGAGACGGACAUUUAUGUCAGGAACUGCAGGACUUAAAAAACGUUCCAUGUGUUUACAAGUUAAAUUCCAAGUGGACUCAAUUAUUGAGACAGUUCGGAAAACUAAAUGUCAUUUUGUACAUUGUAUCCUUCCUCAACAUAAUGCAGGACUCUGGGAAUUAAAAACCCCGUCUGUACCUCAGGAUAAACCUGGAGCUACAGAGGAAGUACUCAUGAAUGUAACUCUCGUCAGAUCUCAAAUUAGGGGUAGUGAACUGUUAGACUCAGUGAGGAUCUUUCGACAAGGCUUUCCUGAUAAUAUGGGUUUUGGAGAAUUUCGACAGAGAUUUGAAGGAUUACUAUCACCAAAUAAUAAACCAGCCAAAGAUUUACCAGAAAAACAGGCAAUAUUACAUAUACUGGAUAACCUAGAUCUAGAUAAACUCAAUUACAGAGUGGGACUUAGUCAGGUAUUUUUCCGAGCUGGUGCUCUGAGCCAGUUAGAAGCAGCUAGAGAUGAAAAAAUUACGGGAACAGUUGUAGCAUUCCAAGCUCGUUGUCGUGGAAUCUUAGGCAGGAAGAAGUUAAAAGAAUUACGGGUUAAACAUAUAGCAAUCAGCUGUAUACAGAAAAAUGUAAAGAAAUUUAUGUUGAUAAGAGAUUGGGCAUGGUGGAGGCUGUUUACCAAAGUACAACCUAUGUUAAAUGUUCAUAGAACAGAGGAGCAACUUCAGGAAAGGGAGAUUGAAGUAGAGCAUUUAAAGAGCAAAUUAGAGAAGAUUGAAAGAGAAAGAAAUGAAUAUAAACAACUGUAUGAAAAGACAGAUAGCAGAAUGUCUGAAGUGCAGGCUGACCUGAUAGAAGAACAUUCAACAGCUACACAUGCUUCUGAAAUGUUGGAAUCAGAAACAGCAGAAAGAAUGCAGCUUAGUAAAGAACACAAAGAUUUACAGGGAAAAUAUAAUGCAUUGAAGAGACAAGCUGAAAAGAUAGAAAUGGAAUUAACACAAGUACAUCUAUGGCAGGCUGAAGCUUUAGAUUUCAAUGAUGAGGAUGCAGAUGGAAAUGAUUCUGUAUACAAGGACAGAUACGAGAGAGUUUUAAGAGAACUUGAUAUGACCAAGAAACGUCUACAGAAACAACACGAGGAGGAGUUAGAAACAGAACAACAUGCUAAAAAAGCUGUAGAGAAAAGGCUCCAUGAUGCUAUUGAAGAUGGGGAAGAUCAGAGAAGAUUGUUGGCUGCUUCUAAAAAGAAGGCUUCACGACUGGCAGCUGAGAUGCAGGAUACCAAACUACAUCUAGAGGAACAGAUGACAAGGAACAAUGAACUAGAGAGGAAACAGAGAAGGUUUGACUCUGAAUUGUCCAAAAUUCAGGAGGAAGUGAAGAGUGAAAAAAGUAUGAGAGAAAGAUUACAGAGGGAGAAAGAUGAAUUCAUGUCCAAGAACUUUACAUUAGAACAAGAGCUCACAAGAUUGAAAGGAGAUUUAGAAUCAGUGACAGAAAAGGCUGAUCGUUUGGAUAGAGAGAUGAUAGACGUCACAUUAGCUGGCUCUAUGUCUGGUGGUAAUGAAGUCAUGUCCCUUAAGAAAGCAAAGAAUGAUUUGGAUGCUAAGUGCAAAGACCAGGAAGAAGAAUUGGAUGAACAAGCAGGACAAAUACAACAGUUAGAACAGACUAAGAUUCGACUAGAAAUGAAUUACGAAAGAACGAGACAACAACAUCAGAAGGAAUUGGAGGAAAAAGAAGAAGAGAUGGAAGAAAUGAGAUAUUCUACUCAGAAAAAGGUUAAACAUUACGAAAGCCAAUUGGAAGAGGAAUAUGAUGAAAAGAAGAAAUUAAUGCAAGAGAAGAAAGAACUAGAGAGACAGAUUCAGGAACUAGGAGCUGUAACCAAUAACAGAGAUAGAGAAAGUGAAAAGAGACUACGAAGAGAUCUAAGGAAAACCAAAGCUUUAUUAAAGGAUGCAGAAGUUGUAAUACAGAAACAGACAGGAGCAGAAGGAAUGAAAGCUACAAUACGACAACUUAGAAAUACUUUAGAUGACAAAGAAUUUGCAUGUUCUGCUGCUGUUAAAGCCAAGAAAUCAAUGGAACUUGAGAUAGAAGACCUUCAACAACAAUUAGAUGACAUCUCUAAAGCUAAAACUGAGGCUGAAAGUAAGAGUUUAGGAUUAAUGAGAGAGAAAGCUGAAUUACAGAGUCAAGUGGAAGAAAAUGAGGAAGACUUAAAUGAUGUGAUGAGAAAAUAUAAAGCUGUAGUACAACAGCAAUCUGUAGACCAGAUUACCAUGGCAGAUAAUCUGAAACAGAUUGAAGAACUUACAAAUGAGAAAGAUAAAUACAGAUCAGAGGUUGAUCUGUUGCAAACCAGAUUAAAAGACUUAGAAGAAAAUUAUAUUGAGAAAACAGUCAAAUUACGAUUAGAGGGUAGAAUUAGAGAGUUAGAAAAUAAACUUGAAUUAGAAACAACCUCUAAACAUCGUAUAGAGGUUACUCUUAACAGAAUUAAAGAACAAGUGGACAAAUUAAGUGAAGAAAGAGAUUCUAUGAAAUUUUCUAAAACUCAAGCUGAAGAAAAUCUUAAACGUUCACAGAGACAGUUACGUGAAUUAAGAGAAGAAUUCUCAGAUGUACAAAAGAAAGAAUUAGAAUAUAGUCAUAAAAAUACUGAAUUAGAACAUAAAGUAGUAGAAUUAGAAACAGAUUACCAACAGAAUCAUUCGGACCUCAAAUUAGCGUUUAAACGUAUUUCUGAUCUCCAGGCAGCAUUACAAGAAGAUGUAGAUAGUGACGAUAGUUUAUUAUCAGACAGUGAUGCAGACUCGGACGAUGGAGUAGAUUUGACCAAUAUCCACUUAACUCCACAGAAAUCCUAUCAAUCACCACGAACUACGUCAUUAUCAUCCACAAGUUCUCAUGAAGUCACUAGUCCUCGCUUAUCUAAUUUAGAAGAAUCUAUAUUUGGGAUAUAUGUUUGAUAAAUUCCAGGUUUUGCUUGACACAAAUGGACUUUCAUUAUUAAUCAAAACAAUGGGCAAUGUGCAAAAUAAAGUAUAUCCAAGUGGAUCGGCCUAGCUGAUAGAACGAAGAUGAUGAUAGUGGCUAGAUGAUUUAAAGGAAUAUAUUGUCCGUCUUACUUGGAAAUCUCCUGCCACAAAUGGUGCUCUAAACAUUGUAAUUAAGAUAAAUUUAGAUAGACCAAGAAAUAUGUGAUUAAGGAGGUAGAGGUCAAGAGUUUAGAAUUGGACAUACAAACACAUAAUUGUUUUUAGGAAUCUUUCCAUAUGCAUGUAUAUGUAGUUGGGGAUAAUACUGAUGUGAUGUUGAUUGUAGAUGUAUCUAUUUUUAGAUUAUGGAAUUCAUACUUAAACCAAUGGGACAUAAAUUUUCACCUGUUUUGUAUAGACACUGUUUAUCAUUAUACCAUAGCUUUAUAAAAAAAAUCACAUAUGAAUGUAUGAUUGGUUACUCAUGAAUAGUGGAAAUUUCUUUAUCUUAGGAAAUUUUGGCAAAGAUGAUAAAAUGAGUGAUUAUGUUUAUUUGAUUCUCAAAAAAUGUAAAUAAGCCCUUAUAGAUUAACAAAAUUGUCUUAAUUUUAUGGAUGUAGAAACUAUAUGUAAAUGAAAAAUAGUUUUAAUAUUAAAAGACGGUGGGAAAUUUGCUUGUUUGAUUGAAAUAGGUUAUAUUCAGCAUCAUGUGACAUAUCCAAUACCUUUAUUUUAACUUGUGCUAUGAUAAGCACUUUCUGCAAUAUUUAAUUAGACAUUAGAAAACUAAUUACUUUACAUGAACACCAUACACUCAGUUUGAUUUCUAGGAUGGUUAUUUUUUUAAUUAGACAGCAGUAUUCAUUAAUAAAAAACAUUCAUGGUUACAUAGUAUUAAAACCAACAUUUCAAAAUAAAGAAAUUUUUCAACUUUUUCUAAAUCAUGGAAAUAAUUGACCAAUAUUAAAUCACUUCAUAAAGUGUUAUGUGAAGUGUAAUAAACCAGUGACUAAUUUCCCAAAAAAUCUUACGAUAAAAAAGACUCGCAAGUCAUGAACAUUUCAGUUUAACUUACAAUCAAUUUCAGUCUUAAGAUAAUUUGUGAAAAGAGCCACUGCACUUUUGUAUGUAAUAUGAGAUAAACCAAAACUUUUGUACUUUAAAUGUUUACUUUGUUCAUUUUUAAUUAAUUGUUAAAGCUUUCUUGUUAUUUUUGUUCUAUGCAAAUUAGCUUCAAGUUCUUUGUUUCUUUUUUUUUUUAUUUGGCCAGUGUUUUUGUUAAUGUUAAUUUUUACAUGUUCAGAUUACACAUGAAAACAAUAAAAAUCACCUCAUUGCAUUUAAAUUUUUUGAUUCAGGGAUAGAGUAGACACAUUGUUCAUUUUACACACACAGAACAUUCUGUAUCUACAGCAAGUGGGGAACAAUUUUAAAUGGUAUUGACAUAUCAUAAAUACAGUCAAAUCACUCUAUGAAUUUAGUAUGAAAAUAAUAAUUUGGGCUUGCAAUGAAAAUGAUGAUUUUGUUAUAUAUUAUUAUUUAUUUAUAUUUUGUUACAAUGCAGCUGAGUUUCCACAGAUAUACUAAACUUUUUUAUUUAAAUCUAGCAUUGCGCUACAAUGUAAUUUUUAUUUUUAAAAGUUUCAUGAUAAUUAGACCUCCAGUCUAAAAAAUGGUAUUCAGAUGAAUCCCUGUCUGUCCAUUUUCUGCUUCAAAACAGAAAUUGUUGAUAUGUUUAAGGCUUGGUUAGCAGAUGGUUUGAAAAGACAUUACAACAUAUUGUUAAACAAGUAUGGGUGAUACCGCUCUUCUCAUAUUUUAAAUAUAAUAAUUAUCCACUCAAGAUAAUUUUCAAACUUUAAAAUGCUGAAGUUAAAUGAUUUUAAAUUUUACAAUUUAACUAUGGAGAGUCGAUAAAUGUUGUAAUCCACAGGUAAAGUAGUAGAAUACCUUUUUCUAAUGAUUUAAUGGAAAAUGCCAAGUGCAAUGUUCCGAAUGGAUAUUGCAAGAAAUUACUUGAUUUCAAAUUUAAUGAACAUGUGGUUUAUCACAAUUUAUCAACUGGUCAGAACUGCUUUAAAUGCACUCAAAAUAAAGAAUAUUAUUUUUAAACCUCUGGCAUGCAACUAAACUUAGUUCGAUUACCAUGAAAAAAUAAGACAGAAAUGAACAAAAUCAGUGUUCAUAUUGAUUGACGCCAAUGAUAAUAAUAUAAUGAUUUUUAGCAGCAUAUUCCAUUAUUUUAUCAUUAAACUCUUCAAAAUAAUUGAUAUAUCUGCUACUUGUAACUAUUAGUCCCAAACAAAUAUUAUAAAUAUAUUUUGUAUAAUACCUCAUUGUAAAAACCUAUAAGCAUUUUGAUUAAAUAAUAACAUAAUUUUGUUCCAUCUAUUGCUAAUUUUUUAACUUCAAAAGUUGUCUACUUCAAAAAGAAUUGUUUAAUUUCUGAGGACAAUAAUAAUUUAAGUGUGGUAAUAUAAGGCAAAUUUUAUAGUUUGAAGAGGGAAAAUGUUCCCUAUGAUAAUUACUUGAAAGAUAAAAACUAAUAGUUUCAAUAACAGAAUAUGAUAAAGUCCUACAUAAUAGUUGAAUACAAAUAUUGACUCUAGUAGAAAAAAUCUGUAUAAAUGGCAGAAUAUUUGUUUGCUCUGAAAAGUGAUCUCUGCAAGUACAGGGGAAGAAAUAACUAACUAGCCUUGUGGGAAUGUUCCUUCUUAAAUUGACAUAGCCUCAAUGAAGUUUACAGGCUCUUUAAAUAGUGUAAAAAAAUGAAAUUAUUUGUUUAACUUUAGUUAAUCUAACCCUUUAUAAAAUCAGCUUGCCUGGACUAGGUACUGGAAUGGUUUUUAUUUCUACCCCUGAGUUAUAAAUAGAUAUGUACACAACACGUUAAAAACUUUUUGUUUUGUUUGACGUAAGGCUUUUUGUCUUUAAUUUUCUGUGAUAUCUUUUACUUUUAUACCAAUUAGUUAUAGGUUAUUUCAUUCAGUUGCAGCUGAUUAAUUUGUUUGUUUUGUUAUUUAAUCCUGUACUAUUAUAAUAACUGGUAUUUUAAAUAUGCUUAGUAAAGCGCAAGGCUAUCUGAAUGGGUUGAGGCUUCAAAAUCAAUUAAGAUAUAUACUUAGCACACUUGGAUCAACAAGAAUUGUAUUUAGGAGGAUUUUGAAAUGAUUCUAAACCUGAAAGUGCAGCACAGAUUAGAACUGCAUUUAAAGACUAAAAACAAUUGCUGAACAAAAGUUUUCAACUUUUGAUAUCAAACAUAUUAAGCUAAUAAAAUAAAACGGGAAGCUUAAUCUAGUGUUAUCAAUAAUUUUUAACUUGUUUUAACAGAUUAUAUAUUGUACUUUGUUUUUUUCACAGACAUUUAUAAGUUAUCAUUUAUUUUGAGCUUUUUAAACUUCAUUUUUGCUCAAAAUGGUACCAAAAUCCAAUUCAUACAUACUUCAUAUUUAAAUGUAACUUAAUUGAAUAUUCUUAUGUCUGAUUUGCAUAAAAGACAAUAUUUAUUUGUAGCUUAUUUAUCUUAAGAAAUAUGUUUUUACAGAGAGAUAAAUAUACUAUUUAAAGACUU